AUGGAGCAACCUGCUGAGUCCUCCGAUGUAUGCAUCGUCGGGGCGGGACCUGCCGGCCUCAUGUUGGCCGUCAACCUGGCCCGCUUUGGCAUCCGUCCUGUCAUUGUAGAUGAGCGGCAUGAUCAAACCAGCACAGGCCGCGCUGAUGGCAUGCAACCAAAGACCAUUGAGACACUGCGCAUGAUGCGCCUCGCUGAUGACUUGCUGCGGGUCGGCACCAAAGUAUUCGACAUAUGUCUAUGGCGAGGCUUAACCGGUCAGGAGCCACGACGAGUCGGUCGCGAGGUACACUACCCGGCCUUCAUUGUGGACCUCCUUGAACCAUUCAUCCUGAUCGGCCACCAAGGAAUGGUCGAGAAGACUUUUAUCGACGACCUGCGCAAGCGCGGCGUUGAGGUACGCCGCAGUACUCGGUUCGACUCAUAUUCACCCCCUGGCGAUGGUGUUGAUGGCCCUCUCCUGGUAAAUCUGAAGUUCAAUGUGACGCAGGACGACAGAUUACUCCAGACCUCUUAUCUCGUUGGCUGCGAUGGUGCUCAUUCCAAAGUUCGCAAGACCAUCCCCGACAGCUACGCUGCCGGUAGCGACGCGACGAGUGUAUGGGGUGUACUAGAUGGCGAGGUAGAAAGCGACUUCCCAGAUAUUUGGAGCAAGUCCGUUGUCUUUUCAGAGGAGUUCGGCAGCGUUUUGAUCAUCCCACGGGAGCGCAACAUGACACGUUUUUACAUCGAGAUGAAGUCCACAGUAUCAUCUAAAAACCUCGGGCAAUCAUUUGUGAUGCAGCGAGCCGCACAGAUCCUGUAUCCGUAUCGGAUAGCAUGGCGCACCGUCGAAUGGUUUGGGCGGUAUCAAGUGGCACAGCGUGUCGCUGCCAAAUUCACAGACCCAAAGCUCCGCGUCUUCAUCGCUGGCGAUGCCAGUCACACUCACUCUCCCAAAGCCGCUCAGGGCAUGAACACCAGCAUUCACGACAGCUGGAACUUGGCGUGGAAGCUUAACCUUGCUGUACGAGGUCUAGCGAGGCCCGCGCUACUUGAUACCUACGAACAGGAGAGGCGCAAGAUUGCCAAGGACUUGAUUGACUUCGACUACGAGCAUGCAAAUCAAUUUUCCGCCGGUGACGCCGCAGCACUUGCAGAUAACUUUAAGAAAAAUGUGCGAUUUAUCUCCGGCGUUGGUGUCGAAUACUCAGCAAAUGUCAUCAAUCAGGGUGAAGAGUUUGCAUUAGGAGCCGCAAAGCCAGGAUGCAACCCGCCGCCUGCAAAGGUGUCGAGAUAUAUCGACGCAAACCCCGUAGACCUCCAGCUUGACAUACCCGUGCUUGGCCAGUUCCGGAUAUACAUCUUCAUUCAGGACAUCAUGGGCGCCACCGAAUCUCAGUUCCUCCUGUCCCUCAUAUGA